AUGGUGACGCUAUUCAUUCUCGUUAGAAGCACUAGUGCUGAAGAAUUGAUCGUUUACCAUCCACAGGAGACCAAUAAACGCACAUACAUCGCGGGCUCACAUAUACUGGAUUUAAAAAGUCGAUUUAGUGAUAUAGACAGCGUAUUUGUGCAGCUUGGUGGUGUAAAACAAUGCUCAGAGGACGUGAAUGCUCGAGUGGAGAGUGAAUUAUUAGUAGACGAGGUAAUGGAGCCUUGUAGACGGACUACUGGUGAUCUCGUAGUGAAGGAACUGUUGCAGCCCUCAUCACAGUUAGCAGUGCCAUCACAACGGCAAACGAUGAAAUUGUGCAAGGCAGAAGAAUGUGUUGUUUGGCUGAAUAUGGUGGUUGAGUCAUCAUGGCUACCGAUAUGUAAUUCUCGAUUAUCUCAAACAAGUUUUCGAUCACUCGCAGAGACAUUACUUCGAAUUCGAGAAGAGUUUGUCGCAUCAGGUGAUUUUUACGAAGUUGUGGCGCCAAAUGCAAGCAUGUUUCGCGAAUUUUACAGAUUAAAUCAGAUUUCCAACUUACAAGGAGCCAAAGCAGAUGUGAAUUCGGCAGUUACGAUUACAAGGCAGUUAGCAUCACAAAAUGACAUUAGCUCAAGCGAUACAGGAGAAAAUUUACGACAGAGUACCGCAGUAGAGCCUCCAAGAGCCCCUACUGGCUCAAACAUUCUUGACAGUAGUGCAGACGGACUUUUGGGCAGCGAUUCCAAUGCUAGUGACACCACUGGUUUUACGAAUAGUGACGUUGGCCCACACGCGUCUUCGACUGCCACAACCACUGAAUUGACGCUAUCUUAUGCCUACGUGGUUGGUGCCUGGAUCCUAUUUAACACAAGUUAUUUUUUUCUUAUGCGGAGAAAGUAA